AUGGAAGCAAAUACAGAAGACGUAGAUGAACAACAGGGUCAAGACCCCAUUGAAGAAGCCAACAGGAAUUUUCAUAGUACAAAAGAUACUGCUGUCAGCAUUAAUGAACCUGUUUCAACUUAUACAAGCCAUCUUGAAGAAGCUCCAGAAACAGAUGAUGAUAACGACACGGUAGGGAACACAACCUUUGAAACGACCUAUGGAAGUGAUGAGGACGACUCCAAUGACGUUCCUGGCGAAGCUGAUAUACAAAGAACAGAAGAGAUAGAUGCCUACAGCAUCGAUGAAGAAGAUGAACCUCCUAAAUUGAAGUAUUCCCGAAUAACUGGUCUCCCGCCUAACUUCUUCUCCAGAGACCCUGUUUCAUGUUGUAAUAUUCACGAUGAUUACUAUAUUUUUGCUACCCACUCGGGUAUAAUUCAUGUCACCGACCCUAAUUUCACCACCAUACGAACUUUCAAGGCCCAUAGAGCGUCUAUUCUUUCUAUAUAUACUGAUGGGCAGUUCUUUGCUUCUGGAUCAAUGGACGGAACCAUUGUCAUUGGGUCAAUCAAAGACGAAAAGGAUAUAAUAGCCUAUGAUUUCAAAAGACCUAUUCAUGCUGUUGUACUUGACCCCAACUACUCAAGAACCAGAAGCUUUGUUAGUGGAGGAAUGGCAGGUAAGGUAAUUCAUUCUAGUAAGAAUUGGCUCGGACAACGGUCUGAUAUCGUGUUGGACGAGAACAACGGUCCUAUCGUUGCUAUCCACUCCGUUGAUGACAUUUUGCUAUGGAUGAACGAUAAAGGAAUCUCUAUUUUCCAUACCCAAGCUAGACAAGUUAUCAAGGUAAUCGACAAGCCAGAAGACUCCCCUAGAAGUGACUUAUACUGGCCUCGAGUUCACUCUUUAGAGAUGGAUAGAGUUUUGAUUGGCUGGGCAAAUUACAUCUGGUGCAUACGUGUGUCUAUUCGGACCUCUGAAGAUAAGAGUGAAAUGGCUUCAAAUAAAUCGAGGAUUCUCCCUUCAGCUGCAACUAUUUCGUUUAGAGCUGUUCAAGAAAAAAAGGUAGAGAUAGAACAUGUAUUUAAGUUGGACAGUUUAAUUGCUGGGAUCUCGAGCUUUACCGAUGACUACUGGAUGAUAUUGUCUUAUGAGCCUCCAACUGCCGAUGGUGAUGAAAAGGUAAAGUUCAAUUAUCCUGACUUGAAAUUGAUAAACUCAUUGAAUGGUGAGGUUGACUUCGAGGAAGAAAUCGGCAUGAAGAAUAUCGAUAAUCUCGGAUUGAAUGACUAUAGCUUGCACCGUCAUAUUGGUCUGGACAGUACCAGUUAUUUCGUUGUCAGUGCAAAGGAUGGGAUUAUCGCUCAAGAAGUCCAAUUAAAUGAUAGGCUCGAUUGGUACAUUAGUCACGAUCGGUAUAGAGACGCAUGGGAAAUAAGUGAACAUUUACUUAGUCCUGAAAAGCGCUUGAACUUGGGUCUUAAACAUGUGGAUAACUUGGUAAGAGACGACGGUUGGGAACUUGCUUCCCAGCUUUUGGCAGAAUAUUUUAGCAGUUCUAUGUCGUAUGAUGAAGACUUCGUGAAGAAUGUGGUUCUGCAAUGGGAGAGUUGGAGUUCUAUAUUCAUCCAAGCCAAUCAUAUUAAAGAAUUGACUGAAGUUAUUCCUAGGUCUCCAAAGUUUUCUUUAUCGGCUUCAAUUUAUGAUAGUAUUCUUUCCUACUGGAUUGGAAAGAAUGUGAGCAAAACUGUCGAAUUGAUUAGCGAAUGGGAUGUUGAACUUUAUGAUUCAAAGAAAGUUGAAAGUUUGAUGGAGACUUCUCUUGAGGGCUCUGAAUCCAGCAUUCUUCGGAAAUGUCUCGCUGAUCUUUAUGUGAAGACCUAUAAACCUCAAAAGGCUGUUGAACAUCUAAUGAAGUUGAAGGAUCCUAAUUUAUUCAUGUUUUUGGCUGAUAACCACCUUUUGACUAACUUCUUGUCCGAUAUUCCUCAGAUCAUUAAAUUGAAGUUCUCUGAUGAUGAGUACAACAAUUUACCUUUGAAAAUAUUAGAGAAUAAGCUACGAGAUGUGAUUCAAGUUUUGGUUGACCACAGACACGAAUUAAAUACUAGGUUGAUUUUCAACUUGAUGGAGCAGCAGCACUUGACGUUUAUAAACUACCUUUAUUUGGAGAAGUUGAAUGAUAUUGAUGACUUUUUGCUCUCAAGUUUUGGUGAUGAGAGAGUCAAGUUAUAUUCUGAAUUUGAUAGACCCAAACUCCUUCCAUUCUUGAUGAGAAGCAGUGACUAUGACAUUGAUUUGGCCAUCAGCAUAUGUGAGUCAUCUGAUUUUAUUGAAGAGCUUGUGUACCUUUUAGGUAAGAUUGGAGAGAACAAAAAGGCGUUGACAUUAAUUAUCGAUAAAUUAAAUGACCCAGAAGUAGCUAUCAACUUUGCCAAGCACCAGAAUGAUCGAGAGGCAUGGAAUAUAUUGUUAGAUGAAUCAAUGACCAGACCCGCAUUCAUCAAGGCUUUGAUUGAGACUGCUGAUGACCAGUCCAAUCCAUUUUAUGAUCCAAUCUCGAUUCUCAAACGUAUUCCAAACAACGUUAAGAUUGAAGGAUUGAAGAAUAGUGUUUCAAAAAUCAACGAAAAUAACGAGUUGAAUUACCUCAUGAACCAAUUGAUUUUGAAGUUGAUAUACGGUAGAUCUGAAGCCAUUUCUAAAGGCUACAGGAGAAACCUACUUAAAGGAUAUGAAAUCGAAACAAAUGAUGCUAUAUUCAAAGAGCUCAUUGGAAAGUUCCAAACAAUUUUAUUCUAUAAUGAUUCUCUUGAUUCCAAUCCUGUCUUCAAGUCCCAGUCUGAAAUGUUUCCUCAAGGCAUGGCUGUAACUGCGUACACUAAUCUUGAUAAGAAACUUGAGCAUUUACAGUUUCUCACCAACUAUUUAAAAUCCAAAUCAGCUAACGACGAUUUAUGAUUUUUGUGUUCGGUGUGAGGAAUCCACAAAUAUAGUUUACUUUUUUCCCCUUAUUUUGAUACUACAAGAACAAGAGUCAUGAAACCCCAACCAGAAAUGGCUGUUUCUUCCACUGAGAUGUUUCAAGUUAACCCGACCAUGGUGAAUGAAGAAUUUGCAGCCAUUGAUAGGCGGUUUUCGUUCAAAAACGUUUUGUUGCAACCGUUUGCAACAAGACAAAAAUCAACCACAAGCUCUUUGAGAAAAUACAAGAAUACAUUGCGGAAUCUUACCAGCGUCCUGUUCCAUAAUCCUUUAGCAUUCACGCCUUUCUACAGAAAGACACAAGCUUCAGACGACAUGAUAGACCAGGCCUUGGAACAGUUUUUUGGCCAUUCUCCUCCCCAUAGGUUCCCGUUGCCCUUGAGAAUCAGAGCCGAGGUUGAGCCAUUUCCAACCCUAUCCACAGAGAUAAACUUAUUCCCUGCCGUCAGUGACACUUUUGUGUCACUGUUGCCAGUCGGUUCAUCUCAAUAUUCUGCACGGCGUAUCAUGCGUGAAAACCGAUCCCAUCAGACUAUGUCCCCAACCCCACCCCACAAGCUGGGUCACUGGUUCAGGUGCACUUCCCCUUAUCCGCUAAAUUCUCUUAAUAUUGAUAUCCCGAUAGUUCCUGAGGGUAUGGCAGAUAAGAAUGCUUAUAUAACAGAAGAA